AUGACUACAGCCCACAGACCUACUUUUGACCCGGCGCAAGGCAAAGAAGCCCUCCGUGGCCCGGCCUACCACCAGCGACUCCUCCCUGCGCAUAAACACCUGAAAGUUCGCCAACCCGGACAAGGCGGCGUAGCCGACGCGGACCCAUCGCCCCGUGACCUUCGCGCAGAGCUUCUCCAGGCCGAGGCUGCACACUUUGCCAAGAAGAAUGGCUCCCCAAACGACAACUCGAGGCUGCGCCCCCAAGGUGGAGGCGAUGGCGACAUCGAGGAAGAAGACCCAGAGGCCAAACGCCGGCGCAUAUUGGAGGAGACGCGCGACAUAGAUGCCGACUCAGACGCGUCAGAAGAAGACAGCAGUGAUGAGGAUAGUGACGACGAAGAUGAAGCAGCCGAGUUAAUGCGCGAGCUUGAGAAGAUCAAAAAAGAGCGAUUGGAGCAAAAGGAGAAAGAGGAGCGCGAACGUGCAGCCGAGGAAGAAGAGCAGCGAGAGGUUGAUAUCGCGCGCGGUAAUCCUCUGCUCAAUUCCCAGGAUUUCAGCAUGAAACGGCGCUGGGAUGAUGACGUUGUAUUCAAGAACCAGGCUCGCGGAACAGAGAACAGAGACGGCAAGGAGUUCGUCAACGAUCUUCUUCGUUCCGAUUUCCACAAGCGCUUCAUGGGCAAAUAUGUGCGUUAG